AUGGAGCCUAUGGAUUACACCAUGGACGACGCCGUGAACCACGGGGCUCGUGCGAACAAUGCUGCUAGUCGAUACCAGUGUCAGCAGUCUUCUCCAGCGGCUCAAAACGGCGUUUCAAAUCAGAGCCGCGAUGGUUCUCAUUUCGACCCUGUGCACGACGCAUCGAACUAUUACUAUGGGUUUCCCGGAAAUGCACCAGGUCGCUUCCCGCAUACAACCUCAUUUAUACACCAGAUGCAGCAUUGGGACGCUAGUCCUUCUAUACCCCGUGCAAGUUGGCGGACAUAUGGCGACAUGUCGAGACCCACCCCGUCGCAAGUAGGCCUGGGGAGGACUUAUGGGGAAAUGUCGUGGGGACCUCGGGCGUUUGGUCGUGCAGAAGACGUGUAUGGUCCAUUUUCCAAUCAGCUGAAUGGUCACAAUAUGCCUUCAGAGAACAGUAUGGUGCCCGGAGGACAUCUUGUAGGAGGUAUUGCUAGCCAACCACCAGCACUACGCCCCAGUCCAUUCGCUUUAAAUUUCGAACAACAAAUACCGGAUCUGCCCAGUCCAGCUGAUUCUUCUCAUCAUCGAGUAUCUUCCCUUGGAAGCGGCCGUACAAAUACACAUAGACACCAAACCCCGUCACAAUCCUUUCCAGAACCACCACCAUACCUUAGAUAUCAACGAGCGCCCAGAGCACCCCUUUCUCGACCUACCUUUAGCGAAAGCGCAGUCGCUGACAGGCGAUCCUGGGCCGAUUCUGAUGAAGAAUCCAUCUCUGACUUGGAAAAUGAAGCCGUUCGCCGCGAAAUGGCAUCAUAUCGUGAGAGCGACGACGAACAUGCUUUGAUCAUGCAAGGUGCCAUGGCAGCUGGUAGGAGAAUGAUGGCCAAGGAGGCUUUUAAUUCAUUGGAAAAGAUAAAGGUAGAAGACUUGCCAAUGCAAAGCAGGGACUGUACGAUAUGUUACAACGAUUUCGGGGUGGAGAAUCCGGAUGGGGUCGUCGAACAGCCAGUUCGUUGGCCGAAGUGUAAGCAUUUGUUUGGCGAUAAAUGCAUCAGGAGGUGGUUCGACGAAGGAAAGGACACCUGCCCAUAUUGCCGAGAGAAAAUCCCCUCGGAAUUGGCCGCUAAAAGACUGGGCAUGGAAUCACAGAUGCGGAUGCUCCAACGAAGGCGAAUGAUGCAGGCAACGUCCGUUGCACAACAAGUGAGGCACGGUGUCCCGCCAACUGUUGGCUUCUUCCCAGACGAUCCUACCAGUGGAAGAACGCCAUCCACACCCUUCUCACGGCCACAGGACGAAUACGAAGCCAUUGUGAGCCACACUGCUGAGAAUUGGAGUUACUCCUCACCAAAUCGUUAUUCGUCUGGAGAAUCCCCAGAACGCAGACGCCAGGGUCGUGGGAGGAUCGGCAUGGGACGUUCUGGGCAUCCCAUUGGCCGACCUGUCUCCAUUGGUUCUGCCAGGUCCGUCAGCCAGCCCUUCAGCUUUCAUCACAACGCGCCGCAACGAGGACUUGGUCUACCAGUACCAUUGUUGCAUACCCCUGCAUCGGCUCGAAGGUCGAUUACUCCCGCUCAAGCCAGACAAACUCCUCCCCAGCCACAAACUCCUCAAAGUCGACCAUAUUCCAGUGGGCCUGGAUCCACAGCAGCAUCUCCAGAAGAGGCCUCGCCACCUGUUGCAGUUGGAUCUGGUUUGCCAGCACAACAUAGAUUCAGCGUAGAUAACGCAUCAAACUCUCUGAGAGAUUCUCGAGCACCGACCGUAACAAGUGGGCAAGAACCACAUCAACGCCCCUCGCAUGAGAAUAUUGCUUUCGAUCAGCGAGUAAAUGCUUUGCAGCGACCAUCGGCCCCCUAUCCAGACUCUGGCCGCUCAUCGGACUCGGUACAGACCUCGUGA